AUUCAAAAACACCAUCUAGUUGAGAUUAGGCCAGUGGGGUGUCGUUAGUUGAAGGAUUUGGCGGGAGCGAUAAUUACCCGCCACCUCCAACCACCGUUGCUACCACCACCACCAAUCAAUCAAUCUUCGAAUCGAAGCAACGAAAAAACCCAUCUCUCUCACCAACCCACACAAAAACUAAUCAAUGCCCCUUCACAUUCUACUUCACUCUACUUCGUGCAUCUCUUUCCUUCUUCCAAUAUGGAGGAUUCGAGAUUGAGGGUUUCUCACCUGGGGUUGGCGAUUCUGAUUGUUUUUUCGGGAUUCACGGUUUCGGCCGCACAAAAUGGGGGCGGCGACAGUACUGGUGAGACGGCGGCUCGCUGCAAUGCGGAUCUCUCCACGUUUAUCCCUCUGCCGUAUAGUGAUACAUCGAAUAUGGUGUGUAAGCCUGUUUGGAAUACGUAUGUUGUUCAGUACUCCCAAACCAAAGACCAUGUUGUGACCAUUGUACUAUCUGCUACAUACACCACUGGAUGGGUAGGGAUGGCGUUUUCAAAAGAUGGAAUGAUGCUUAAUUCUAGUGCCAUGGUGGGAUGGAUUAGUAAAGAAGGUCAACCACAUAUCAAACAGUAUUAUUUGAAGGGAUUUGAGCAGGGGGAUGUCAUACCAGAUAAAGGUGAUUUGCCACUCUCUAAUGUCCCAAAAUUUGUUGUCCUUCGUGAAGCCACGAUCUACAUAGCUUUUCAGCUCAAUUUUUCCGCUCCUCUUGGUCGUCAACCGGUUCUAUUGGCAUUUGGCACCAGAUAUCCCACAAAGCACCAUCACCUAUAUCAACACGACGCCAAAACAAGCAUGAUAUUCGAUUUCUCUGCAGGUUCUGUAUCUGUAUCUUCUGCUGCUGCACCUGAUAAAAUCGGUCAAACGAAGAGGACCCAUGGGAUACUGGGUUUGAUUGGAUGGGGUCUGCUUCUUCCUUAUGGCGUGAUUGCCGCGAGAUACUUUAAGCAUCAUGAUCCCCUGUGGUUUUACCUUCAUGCUGGCAUUCAGUUUGUGGGGUUUAUACUAGGGCUCGCUGGUAUCGUGCUUGGAGUGUCACUCUAUAACCAAAUCCAUGCCCAAUUUCACACACACAGAGGCAUCGGAAUCUUUGUUCUUGUUCUUAUUGUUCUCCAGAUCUUGGCAUUCUUCGCAUGGCCUGAUAAAGACAGCAAGAUCCGCAAGUAUUGGAAUUGGUAUCACCACUGGAUCGGAAGGAUUGCCCUUUUGUUUGGAAAUGUUAACAUCGUACUGGGAAUUCAAAUUGGUCAUGCGGGGAAUGAAUGGAAGGUUGGUUAUGGAUUUCUUCUGGGUACAGUUUUAGUUGCAAUUAUUGUUUUAGAAGUUUUGUCCAUGAAACGAAGGUUGAAGGAGACAGAUACCCAUCCAGCGUUUCAAAUGAACUCACUUCAGUGAAGCCAUCUUCAAGAAAACUGAUUAAAGGAGGAUUAAGAUCUAUGAUAAAUCUUGGGCCAUGAAGCUGCGCUCUGGUUUGUCUUCCGCAGUUUGGUAGGGUACAUGAAUAUCAAUUCAUGAAAGUAUACAUGAAGGGAAAUGGACGGUCAGAUUCACAGCUGGGUGAAUCUGAACCGUCCAUUCCCCUUCAUGUACACUACUUCAUGGAUUGAGGGUCAUGUGCCAUGCCAUUUUCCUUGUCUUCCAUGGCUGACUGGUGUGAAACUAAGUUCGAAGAUAUAUGUUUUGCCUUCUCAUCUGCGAAUUGCCUCCAUCUAAAGGGGACAAAGUUGCAAGAAAAGCUAGACUAUAGGUAUGUACAACAUGUUGUACGAUAUGACAUACCAAUGAGUGAGCUUGCUUCUUCCCCCAACCUCCUCCUUUGUAUCCUAUUCUCACCUCUCUCUCUCUCUCUCUCUCUCUCUACAGACUUGGUUCUUCGGUUUUGGACGAGAUAUUCUUUGUUCAUAUUAAUUCUUUAAGGCUUUGUAUGGUAAUGGAGGUACCCUUUUUUUGGAUUUAUAAGAAUUUCUGUUGACAGGCAUUGUUUUAAGUCAUCAA